UAUCACAUCUUCUUUGCUUUGAUAAUUUUCAUACUCUUCCAUCGCACGAGGCAUUGAGUUCUUAAAAUAUUCAAGACGAUCGGAUCGCAUUGCAAUUGCCACAAAAUGUCUUUCUCAACACUGGUUUCGGAUAUAGCGUUUAGAGACGCCGCACCAGCGGAUCGAGACUCCCAGAUUUCUCGUGCUCGUUCUCAAGUCACCGCUCGAUCACUUGCGAGCACUCGAGCGACUAGUGUUAGUAUCUCGGGCGAUAUCUCGAGUCAAUUACAUGCUGGCUAUAGCCACCCAUUAGCCAGAUCAUGGCAGGCGGAAAGACAGUUAACCAAGGAAAUGCUCAUUUACCCAUUAUUCGUCACCGAUAACCCGGAUGAAGAAACCCCCAUUCCGUCCCUACCAAACCAAUAUCGCCGAGGCUUGAACCGACUCGUACCCUUUUUGACACCUCUGGUGCGCAAAGGAUUGCGAAGUGUUAUGCUUUUCGGCGUACCUCUAAACCCCAAUGCAAAGGAUCCUCUUGGAACUGCCGCCGAUGAUCCGUCUGGUCCUGUCAUACAGGCGAUUCGAUUGCUACGAGCACAGUUUCCAAACCUUUACAUAACUGUAGACGUCUGUCUAUGUGAAUACACAUCGCACGGUCACUGUGGCAUCCUCUGCGACGACGGAAGCCUGAAUAACACGCAAUCAGUCGAGAGAAUAUCUGAUGUGGCGUUGGCAUAUGCGUUGGCAGGUGCACACUGUGUUGCCCCUUCGGAUAUGAACGAUGGGCGUGUGCGCGCUAUAAAACUUAAACUGAUCGAGGCCGGUAUCUCUCACCAGGUUCUCCUCAUGUCAUAUGCCGCCAAGUUCAGCGGCAGUCUCUAUGGACCUUUCAGAGAUGCUGCGGGCUCAGCACCAUCGUUUGGUGACCGCAAAUGCUACCAGUUGCCACCGGGCGGGCGUGGACUUGCUCGUCGUGCUAUCGUACGCGAUGUCGCCGAGGGCGCUGAUAUCAUCAUGGUGAAGCCCGCUAGUAACUUUCUUGAUAUUAUCAGUGACGCAAAAGAGUUAGCCAAGGACAUGCCCAUUGCGGCUUAUCAAGUUAGUGGAGAGUAUGCCAUGAUCCAUGCUGCUGCUAAGGCAGGUGUGUUUGAUCUGAAAGAAAUGGCUUUCGAGAGUACGCAAGGAAUCCUGAGAGCUGGUGCUGGCAUUGUUAUAAGCUACUUCACACCGGAUUUCCUUGACUGGCUGUCCACAUAAGCUUCGAUACGGUCCAAUUUUCUUUUGUCUUUACUUCCGUUUAUACCAGAUAAGAGAAGCUCGUCUCAGGUUAUGUACUAUCAACACUGUCAAUACACAUGGAAAUACCAGUAGUCAAAUAGCUCCACGAGAUUUUUCAUUCAAUCAUUCAAUAAACCACAGUGAAGAUAAGAUGAAGCUCGAUUUCCCCCCGUAUCUAGAAUCCAUACCCAGUCAUAACUUACCGCGUCGUAUAAGGAAAAAGGUCAUGAAAAAAAAAAAACGAAGAGAAAACGCUCAACUCAUUUACAAAGAGACAUACAUCAUCAUAUAUUCAUGCGACAUGAAAGACACCCUUCAAGACAAUAAAUGAAAAACAAAAGUAGCAUCUUUUUCACAUGUAGCUGGGCUUGAGCCCUUGGAACCCAUAUGCAACGAUAUCCGACUUCACUACUUCACCUGGGGCGACAUAGGCACCCCGUCGGAGACGCACACCUGGGUAUAUAGUGCAGUUUGCACCGACAUAGCAAUCUUCUUCAAUGGUAACUGGACGACCUUGAUAUCGGCUCUGGGAGCCUUUGCGCUCCUGCAUAUUAGCAUGGGCCAUUGAGCCAAGGAUGGUGACGUUAGGGCCUAUCCAAGUGUGUGCACCAAUGUUUAUUGGGCAAUCGUCGACCAUAGAGCAAUUUUCGGAGAUCAUCACGUCUUCUCCAAUGUGUAUAUUGAAGCCGUAAUGACAACGAAAGGGAGCCUCGACAACCGCCCCUUGACCAAUCGAGCCAACGGGUCGUGGCGUAGGGGAUCCGGAUGGGCUUGUGGAUGCCGGAGGUAUGAUGAUUUCUCGUAGCAACCGGUUCUGUUCCUUAGAACUCACUCCAGAGAGUGGGUUGCAAGCAUUGUUGAACCGCCAGAGCGCCGAUUUGCAACGGUCCCGGUCUUCCACUAGUUGCAUAUCGAAAGGACGGUAUAAUUCUCCAUGGAUCAUUUUAUCCCUCUCCGUGUCCUCCCCGGGAUUAUGACGCGCUGAUAAUUGGUGUUCAAUGCUCAAUGCCAACCGAGCCUGUGCCUGCGGACUACUAGUGUCUAUGGUGCUGGGAUGCGGAGGUCUUUGAUCGACAGUACCUUGAAAAAUAGGCAUACCAGGUUUUGGAUGGGGACCUUGUUGCGAAAGUUCACGAAUAGAGGGUACGACAUGAUACUCAGUCUUUGGUUGGCCGUCACGGGAGAGUUCAUGGAUAGGAGGGACUUCUCGAUAGUCGGUAGAUUUUGCCAUGUGCUCUGCCAUGUAAGGAGGAUGCGAGGAGGCGCUUGGCCAACUCCUCUUGGGCCAAGCGUUCCGAUUCCCUGCUACGCUUGUUGGCGUGGCCAAGUACUGAGCGUUGGUAUUCUCAUUGUCCUCGACAACCGGUGGUCUGACCUUGUUGACUUCGGUUUGUUGGCCCGUGGUUUGAAUUCGCUCGUGAUGACGGGCGUUGAUAUCUUGCAAAUACUGAUUCGCUGCUUCAGAGUAUCCGUCUUUGGACUGCAGAGGCACUGGACCCUUGCUACUUGACGGUUUCUGCCAUGUACUUCUAGAAGAGUAACCUUCGCAAACGAAUCCACCUCGGAUACAAUUGUUGCCUGAAAAAUAUUUUGAUAUACAUGUUUAGCUACCCCACUCGACAAACGGCCAGAACCCGAUCUCCUCAGGUGUACGCAGAUGAAGACAAACUUACAUGCGGGAUGCUGUUCAUCGCAUUUCUUCUUUCUCCUCCGGCAGGUUAGACAACCAGUCUUGGUUCGGUUGCUAAAAACGCGUUUCCUCUUUGGUCCAACUUGGACAGCUGAUUGUGGCUUUUCUUGCGGAUAAGGCGACAUGGAUUCGCCCGCGACGGAGGGAGGACCGGCGGACCACGGUUUUUGUUCCAUCGACUCAGUCGAAUGAGUUUCUCUUUGGAGGGCUUCCACCAGUUGGGCAUCCGAGGUAUCCAAAUUCUGGGCUUUCUGGGCUUGACUAAUCAGAUGAGA